AUGUCCUCAAUAGCAAAAGAAUUAAUAAUAUUGAAAUCCCAAACCAAAAAACGUUCAAAUAUGGUGGUACCAUCAUUAACACAUCCUAAGCGCAUUACUAUUACAUUUAGCAAACGCGGUACCACCUUAAUCAAUAAUAAUAAUGUUAAAACUUUUAAGUUUGGCGAAAAAGGUUCCGGCUUUAAAUCCAAAGGGGAACCGCAAGAUUUCUACACCUUGCGAGAUCAAAAUUUGGAAAACGGUACCAUGUUUGAGGAUCCGGAAUUCCCUGCUGACGACCGCUCCUUGUUUUUCAGUCAAAGACCCGACCGGUACUACGAGUGGAAAAGGCCACACGAAAUUUGCGAUAAUCCUCAAUUUUUCGUUGAAGGAUAUUCGAGAUUUGACGUGCAACAAGGCGAAUUAGGGGAUUGUUGGCUGUUAGCCGCUGCGGCUAAUUUGACCUUGUACAAUCGACUCUUUUUACAAAUUGUACCAGACGAUCAAGAAUUUGACGACAAGUACGCUGGAAUUUUCCAUUUUAGAUUUUGGCAAUAUGGCAGAUGGGUGGACGUAGUUAUAGACGACAGGUUGCCCACUUACAACGGCCAAUUGAUUUUCCUACAUUCGACCGAGGAUAAUGAGUUUUGGAGUGCCUUACUAGAGAAAGCAUAUGCAAAGUAA